UCGUAUUAAUUAAUUGGCGCUUGAAAUAUGUCUCAAUCACGUUAUGACCGCGCCAUUACUGUAUUUUCACCAGAUGGACACUUGUUUCAAGUAGAAUAUGCACUGGAAGCAGUAAGAAAAGGAACCACAGCUGUCGGAAUUCGAGGGAAGAACGUCAUCGUUUUGGCAGUGGAAAAGAAAAGUGUUGCAAAGCUCCAGGAAGCAAGAACGGUUCGUAAAAUGUGUCUUUUAGAUAAGCAUGUAUGUCUUGCUUUCGCAGGAUUGACAGCAGAUGCUCGAGUUUUGGUCAAUCGUGCUCGCGUGGAGUGCCAGAGUUAUAGACUAACUGUGGAGGAUGCACCAUCAGUAGACUAUAUCACUCGAUACAUUGCCAAUCUACAACAAAGAUACACACAAAGUGGAGGUGUAAGACCUUUUGGAAUAUCAACUCUUAUAAUAGGUUUUGACACAGAUGGGACUCCCCGACUAUUUCAAACGGAUCCUUCGGGGACCUUUUCUGAGUGGAAAGCCAAUGCGAUCGGUAGGAACUCCAAGACAAUUGUAGAGUUUUUGGAGAAGAAUUAUUUCAAAAUAAUGGACGAGUCACCCGAGGAAGAAGAUGAAAAGACCAGUGUGAAGUUGGCCAUCCGUGCUCUCCUUGAAGUGGUGGAAGGAAGUCAUAAUAAUAUUGAAGUUGCGGUAAUGGUGCCGGAGAAAGGCCUCAAGAUGUUAGAAAGUACCACAAUUCAACAAUAUAUUGAUCAAAUUGAAGAAGAAAAGGCAGCUGCGGAAGAAGCACGAAGAACAUCGGGUCCCACCGUAACGACGAGUUCACGUGGGUGAAAGAAGUUUUAGGAAAAUGUUGUGUGAUUUUAUU